UAACAACGGAAGAGGAAAAUAUAAACGCCUCCACUGUCAUCUACCAAACGUUGAAGAACUACGGAUUCCAAAGGAAGAAACAAGGGUUGGUUCACUGAGCAAUUUCAUCAGCGUUAAAGGUUCCACUCGAGAACAAAAACUUUUGCAAAUUCCUCUGCAGGAUCCCAGACCUGUGGCUAGAAUCGCAGAAUUGGAGCGAAAGAAAAGAGCUGGAACGAUUGCAAAAGAAAGCAUUGAGCUUAGAUCGAGUUAUGAAAUUGGAAAAAAUGACCCACGGAGUGGGGAUAUUAUCGUAUCUGAAGAAAAAUUAACUUGCUUUCAUAUUUCUCAAAGUGAUGGUGCUCUCAUAUCUAAAUUAGAUGAUACCAGGGAAACCAAACAGGUAAAAGUAUUCAUUCCAAAAGAACAAUCUUCGGUUAAUAUCAGUGGUAUAGUCAAUGUUUCUUGUAGAUCGAAUACUCCAGUAUCUGAUAUAUCAAAUUCCAGUAUAGGUCAGAAGUUGGAGACCUAUAAAUCAUUGGAAGAUAAGGAGGUCGAUAAAUUUCUCGAUUCAAAAUAUACGGUAAAG